AUGUCCCCCUCGCCAUCAUCGCCGUCACCAACCGGUGCAGCAGUUGCAAUUGCACACGGCGACUACCAUCCCGUCCGGGUUAAAGAGCAGCAGCUUGAGCUCCAGGCCCAGGCCCAGGGAGAGGGCCAGAAGAAGAAGCAGCGGGUGAAGAUCAAGCUGCGCUUGAAAAGAUUUGCUGAAGACGAGCGAAGCGAAGAGGACGUCGACGACGACAGGCGGCCCAAGAAGAAGAAGGCAAGGACAGCAAAGGAAGCCACCACCGUUUCGAGUGUAUGGGAUGGACGCUUGCGCUCGAGAACCCCAAGCGUUAAGAAAGAGGACGUAAUGGACCUGGAGGAAUAUCCUGUGGUAGCUGCACAGGUACAGGUAGCUGCUGCACCGAUCGCUGCACCGAAACGCAGAAUCACCAGGAUUGUCGUGAAGUCUUUUCGCCACUUGGAUGGGGUUGUACGAGGCUAA